CGCUGUCUUCGCCGUCACCGCGUGCUCGUACUGCAGACAUUGCGAGGAAGGGGAGCGUUUUUGCGGGGGUAUCUAGACCCUGAGGAGCGAUGUACGGGAAUCACCAUGCGGAAGGUAGCAAUGGUUGGCCGACGGGCAUGACCAGAGGCUCAGACGACUCUGGCACCGAACGCGACCAUCGUUCCAGCACACACUCAGAUCCAUCCUCUUCCCGCACCGGCACCAGAGGCAUGAACGGUACCUCUGACCCCGAUCUCCGUCACAAUGGCUCCGUUACCGAUCUCCCUGAAGCCAUUCCUAUACACCCAUAUUGGUCUGCCAAGCGUCAUCUCACAUGUGGCAAUCCUACGCCUCCCCCACCGGGUACUCCGAAGAUGAUUCCAUGGCGCGCAGCCCCAGGAAAGAUCAAGACGGCACACGCUGCUCUCGUGCUCUGUCUCAACAUCGAUGUCGACCCCCCAGAUAUCGUGAAGACAAACCCUUGUGCGGUGCUCGAAGCCUGGGUCGAUCCGCAUACCAUGCCGUCGCAUAAGGCUUUAGAGGUCAUUGGACAGAACCUUCAGCACCAGUUCGAAGGUCUCAACCCUAAGAUCUCCUAUAAGCCCAUCCUAGACCCUUCCAAGGACGAUCUGAAGCGGUUUUGCGUCACAUUACGAAAGUCCGCGGGGGAGGACGCGGUUCUCUUUCACUAUAACGGUCACGGUGUGCCCAAGCCGACCCCUAGCGGAGAGCUUUGGUGCUUCAACCGGAACUAUACGCAAUACAUCCCAAUCGCCUUGCAGGAGAUCCAGAAUUGGCUACGCUCGCCGUGUAUCUUCAUCUGGGACUGCUCCGCUGCCGGUAAUCUACUCAGCAACUUCGUGAAGUUUGCCGAACAACGCGACAACGAUGCGAGGCUACAUGGCGGGGGAUAUCCUGAAGGUAUGCCGCCUUUCUCAGAGUGUAUCCAGCUCGCCGCAUGCGCAGCCGACGAACAGCUACCCUCGUGUCCGGAGCUUCCUGCGGAUCUCUUCACGUCCUGUCUCACGUCCCCUAUCGACAUCGCCCUGCGAUACUUCCUUCUCACGAAUCAGCUGCCCAACGAGAUUUCCACCGACCAAGUCAUGCAACUCCCUGGCGACCUGAAGGACCGGCGGACACCUCUAGGGGAGCUGAACUGGAUAUUCACCGCCAUCACGGAUACCAUCGCCUGGACUACCUUUCCACGAGAGGUGUUCACACGACUCUACCGCUCUGACCUGCUGAUCGCGUCCUUGUUCCGCAACUUCCUCCUAGCCGAGCGCAUCAUGAAGAACUACCAUUGCACUCCGCAUACCUACCCUCCUCUUCCGCCCACUAACACACACCCGCUAUGGGCAUCCUGGGAUCUGGCAGUAGACGCCUGUCUUCGUCAACUACCGGACCUGUUAAAGAACGCGGAGCCCGGAGUCGCGAAAGACGUUUCUCUUGGUUCACGUAGUCGGCGACAUGCUGCGAGGAACGAUCAGCCUACUCCGUCUGUCUCGACGACCGCACCCGGAGAGAAGCCCUACCAGUACAUCCCCAGUAGGUUCUUCACCGAUCAGUUGACCGCUUUCGAGGUUUGGAUAUCUCGUGGUGGAUCGGCGCUCACCAAGCCCGGCCCCCUUUCUUUACCUGUCCAGACUCCUACGGAUCAGAGUUAUGAAGGGCAGAGCAACACAACCCCGUACUCGGGCAACGCUCUAGAGCAGAGCGAUCACCACCUUGUUCCUCGUAAGCCCCCAGACCAACUUCCCAUCGUCCUCCAGGUCCUCCUGUCUCAACCUCAUCGACUGCGCGCGUUAAUCCUGUUGUCGCAAUUUGUGGACCUUGGCCCGUGGGCGGUCCACCUCGCCCUCACCAUCGGCAUCUUCCCGUACAUUGCGCGUCUCCUGCAAGCCGCCGGCCAGGACCUUAAGCCCGUCCUCAUCUUCAUCUGGGCGCGCAUCUCUGCCGUCGACCCCAGCUGCCAAGUCGACCUGUACAACAACCAGGGGUACAAGUACUUCGCGUCCGCGCUCUCGGGGCAGGACGACCCCCGGCAAGGCCUCUUCCCAAACAGCGCGGAGCACAAGGCGAUGUGCGCCUUCAUCCUCUCGACGAUCGCGCGAGAUUACGCGAACGGGCAGAACGCGUGCUGGCGCGAGCGUGUAUUCGACGCGUGCUUCGAGCACCUCGACGAGGGCGACUUCUUGCUCCGGCAGUGGUCCGCGCUGUGCAUCGCGCAGAUCUGGGAUGCGAACAACGAGACGAAGGUAUGGGGCGUCGAUAGAGGGAUGCAGGACAAACUCAUCGCGCUGCUGUCGGACGACUCUCCUGAGGUACGCGCUGCGGCGUUGUACGCGCUCAGUACGUUCCUGGGCGCUUCAGGCUCCUCUGACCCGAACAAGCUGGGAGGUGGUGGGAGCGGGACAAUGUUUCAGCUCGACGAGCGGAUACACUUCCGGAUGGAGGUUGCGGUCGUCACUGGGGCGGCGCUCGCCAUCAAGGAGGAUGCCAGUCCGAUGGUGCGGAAGGAGCUGCUCGUGCUCGUGAGCUGCCUCGUUAAGGAGUGGCGGGGCUACUUCAUCGUCUGUGCGUGGAUCUAUUGGGAGGAGGAUAGGAAGUGGAGAGGAGGCGACGAGGGCCACCACCAGGACGACGACAUUGCUGGGAUUGCCGUCGCCGAAUGGCUCGAGAACUUCGGGGACGACGAGGACUUCCGUGCGGAGAACCGUGUCCUGCUCUCAUCCUUCUUCACGAUCUUCUCCAUUCUCCUCGAGCUGUCCGUUGAUCCUUACCAGGAAGUCGCCACGAACGCUCAGACGAUCGUGGACUACAUCAUGGCGCUGCUGCUGGAGUCACCGUUCGCGAAGCUCGACAGCACGACUCUGGAUCGCCCACCGUUGACGUCCCCCGACGGCAAGGUCAUUACCAAUGGUGUACGAGAACGAACACCGUCGGACUGGUCCCCGAAAACGAGCAACGCGCAGCCGUCCGCAUUGUCUGGCCGGCCUACGCUCACAAGGAGCGAGACGAUGACCAGCACUAUCUCAAGUGGUGUCACGAGCACCCUACGCCGGACAUCCUCGUUCGCGAACGCGCUCAAGAACUUGGCUGGCAACAUCGCGUUCCCCAGCAUCGACGACAGCCGCUCGUCCUCUCCCCAGCCGCAGUCCAACACUCAAGAGCGCGUCGAAAUCGUUCAAGGCGUCUCGAGACCGCCAUCGCCGAACCUCAACUUUGCACAGUACACAUCGCCGUAUUCACGUCCUGGCAGCCCUUCAGAGAACUAUCUUGGGCUUGCCCCUCCACCCCGCUCUGCGCAUUCUCCUCCGCCAACAACGGACUUCUUAGCGUCCGACGUUAUGGAAGCUUUGAUGGAGGAAGACUUGGAGCGGCUGCGGGCGCGUCGUCGUGUCGCCAAUCAUUCACACCACCACGGCCACCCUCACCACAGGGAUGGGUUCGGCGGAGGCGUGAGCCCUUCAGGCAGCACGUUCUCGGUGGACUCGAGCGUCAUAUUGGGUCUGGGCACGGGCGUCGGCAUUCGUGAUGUCCUUCCGCUGAAGAGCCGAUUCUAUGACUGGUGCUGCGAGUACUUUAAGGAACCGCAGAUGCGGCAACCCGAAGUGGACGAACCGGGUAGCGUACAAUACAACUACCAGGUCUGGCGUCAGCAACGCAACGAACAAGUGAUUGAAGACACCGAAAAACAGUCGCGAGAAGCGCCACGCUGCCGCUGGGACAGGCCCGUGAACACUAUUCAGAUCAACGGUUUGCCCCUGACCUUGGCUUUCCACGCAUUCGAUCCUCAUCUCGUCAUCGCCAAUGAAUCGGACAUGGUAACAGUCUGGGACUGGAUUAAGAGAAAGAGGCUAAAUCGAUUCUUCAACGGAAAUCCUCGCGGCACCAGUAUCACCUCAUUGCACAUCAUCAACCAGGAUGUGGGAGGAAUCAUUCUCACUGGUGCAGCGGACGGCAUGAUUCGAUUGUACCGCAACUAUGAUCCCAAUCUGUGCAGCGGUUCAGUACAGAUGGUCAGCGCGUUCCGUGGACUCAAUGAGGUCCUCCAAGUGAAGCGUGGAAGCGGUGUCAUCACGGAUUGGAAGCAGUCAGGCGGAACGCUUCUGGUGGGCGGAGAUUCCCGGAUCAUUCGUGUAUGGGAUGCACACACCGAGAGCCAGGUCAUGGAUCUCGAUACCAACGCUGAGAGCCCCAUCACGGCGCUCGUUUCUGACAGCGGAUCGUCGUCAACAUUCUUGGCCAGCUUUGCAGAUGGGACGGUGAAAUUAUUCGACCGACGGCUGGAGGAGGACGAUGCGGUCGUGCGAUCCUACCACCAGCACACGUCUUGGGUCCAGAACGUCAAGUGGCAUCCGACGCUGGCAGGACAGUUCCUGUCCGGCAGCUUGGACGGCGAGGUUAAGCUCUGGGACAUACGCGGGGGUGACUCCCCUAUGCAAGUGUGGGAUAUGUUCCCCCAUGGUCUCUCGGCGUUUGACGUUCACGAGCAGACCGAAGUGUUCGCGGCUACAUCGUCUCUCACGACAGCCAAUUCGCGCUCGCAGCGCACAGACGUCCAAUCCUUGGAGACAAGAAGAGGACUAGGCUCGCUGAGCAUCAACCUCUCGAUACCUCCCGCGCGUGAUACGACGACUCCCUUCACGCCGAGAACCAGUAGCCUUGCGUUCCACCCGCGCGAGAUGGUGUACGGUGUCGGUUUCUGGGACGGUUCUGUUCGCAUCAUGGGAUGCAAGCUCCCAUCAGCACGUUAAUAGAGUCCUCGAAGGUUUCGUGAUGUCUUCCCUUGGUACUGGGACUUCGCUGUCGUCUUGUUUCGCUAUCCCAUCAGUCUUGCCUUUCGUCUCUUCACAUGCACUCAUCAUGUGUCCGUAACUCAUAUCGUCCCUGACCCUAGGCGCCUAGUAUAGCUGCAUCCAAUGUGUUUCAUGCAUGUUCAUAUAACAUAACACGGUGUACUUACCCUAGCGAAAGUAGAUAAUAUAUACUCUUGUACCCGCGUUCUAUAAGUACUCCAAAUAGCAUCCG